AUGAUAAGUAUACGAUCAAUUUUUAUCCUUCUUUUCAGUUUGUGUUUCAUCGAUUUCCUUAAUCAAUCAUUUCUUUUCUCUUCUUUAAUAUGGCGAAGUACAUUCCUAUUUGUUAUAAACAUAGUACAAAUAUCGUCAUAUCUAUCUAUCUAUCUAUCUAUCUAUCUAUCUAUCUGUAUCUGUUCAUAUCUAUCUCAAAAUGUUCAUAACUUUAUAUCUAUCUCAAUAUGUUCAUAUCUAUUUAUCCAUCUCAACCUGUUCGUAUCCAUUGAUCUCAUUCCAUCUAUCUAUCUAUCUAUCUAUCUAUCUAUCUAUCUAUCUAUCUAUCUAUCUAUCUAUGUCAACCUCUUCAUUCCGACAUGUCUAUCUAUCUAUCUAUCUAUCUAUCUAUCUAUCUAUCUAUCUAUCUAUCUAUCUAUCUAUCUAUCCCAGUUUCUUCAUAUCUAUCUAUCUAUCUAUCUAUCUCAGUCUCAUGAUGUCUUUCAUUAUCUAUCUAUCUAUCUAUCUAUCUAUCUAUCUAUCUCAGUCUAUCCUUCUAUCUCAGUCUUUUCAGUAUCUACUAAUCUAUCUAUCUAUCUAUCUUUCUAUAUAUCUCAGUAUUUUUAUUAUUUAUCUAUCUAUCUCCGUCUUUUCAUUAUCUAUCUAUCUCUCUCUAUCUAUCUAUCUCACUCUUUUUAUCUAUCUAUCUAUCUAUCUAUCUAUCUAUCUAUCUAUCUAUCUCAGUCUUUUCAUUAUCUAUCUAUCUAUCUCAGUCUUUUCACUAUCUAUCUAUCUAUCUAUCUAUCUAUCUAUCUAUCUAUCUAUCUAUCUAUCUGUGUCUGUUUAUAUCUAUCUCAAACUUCUCUUCAUUUUCUAUCUAUCUAUCUAUCUAUCUAUCUAUCUAUCUAUCUAUCUAUCUAUCUAUCUAUCUAUCUAUCUAUCUCAAUAUGUUCCUAUCUACUCAACCAUUUCAACCUGCUCGUAUCCCUUGAUCUCAUUCCAUAUCUAUCUAUCUAUCUAUCUAUCUAUCUAUCUAUCUAUCUAUCUAUCUAUCUAUCUAUCUCAGUCUCUUCAUUUUUUAUCUAUCUAUCUCAAUAUGUUCCUAUCUACUCAACCAUUUCAACCUGCUCGUAUCUAUUGAUCUCAUUCCAUAUCUAUCUAUCUAUCUAUCUAUCUAUCUAUCUAUCUAUCUAUCUAUCUAUCUAUCCGCUCCUUUGCUAG